AUGAAUAUGAAGUUCUCUAUUCUGAUCUGCCUCUUGGGCGUAUCAUUAUCAUUAGAAUUUAUAACGUUUAACGUCCACUACGGGGUGACAACCCCAGGUACUAUCACUCGCCUUCGUCGCAUCGGACCCACAGGUCGCUGGGGAUGGCCUGCUUCGAUCACCAGGGUGCUUUCUGGGAAAGUGUUCCGGCUUCGACGGCUCAUGGAUGAGCUACUUGCUUGUUACAUGGGUUGCUUUUCCGAAAACCCAAAAAAUGGAUUUUCUGGUCAGCUAUCGGCAAAAAGGAAAAAUACGUAGCCUGGGACGUAACGCCCAGUCUCACGCUAGGGAGUUGCCCGAUUGGUCCAGAGGACUCUGCUGAGCUUUCCCUUUCCAACUCCGUACUCUCCUUCCCCACGAGGAAAAAUCCACCCCUGAGAAUAGACUAGGUCUAGGCUCUGAACACAACCAAAAUUGCUUACCUAGUAUUGCCGUCCAUCUCUAGAAUGGUAAAACCUUGCCGGAUAUAAUUAAAAUAUGAGUCGAGGCUUCAUGCCCGGGAGGCCAUGCCCAGACGAAGACGCCAUAUUUUAAUUAUAUGCCUCUUGGGCGUAUCAACUGCAUGGUGGUGUAAUGGCCAUAUGGUUACCGCAAUGAUAGCACAACUUGACCUUCAGGCCAACUAUCCAGAAGUUUUCGAACAGGCAAACCAGAUUCUGGCACCUCUCAAUGGUGUCUUAACUCAUGGACUUAGCAACUCAUUCGUCGAGACAGCUUGCUGGGCCGACGAUUUGAAAACAUAUAAGUUCGAAAUUAGCAAUGAUUGGCAUUAUAUUGACAAACCGUACAAUGUUGAUGGCUUACUUAAUGCUACUGCCCCAACCACAAAUAAUAUCAUAUGGGCCAUUAGUCAAGCUAUGAGCACUUUAAGGCAAGUUAAUUCAACUUCUUCUCCAUUGGAGGCAUCAAUGCAGCUUAGAUACCUUAUUCACUGGCUAGGAGAUUUACAUCAGCCAUUGCAUGCAACUCAAAGGUUUACAGUGACCCAACAAAGUGGUGAUGCAGGUGGGAAUUUCUUCAAAAUUUACUAUUCAGAAAAUCCUCAAGUAAACAACUUGCAUAAGCUAUGGGACUGGGCCUUAGGCACCAUUGGAGAUGACUGCCCAAGACCUUUGUCCAGCAGUUGUUGGACUGAAAUUACUGGAUAUGCAAAGGCUAUUAUGGAUGAUUAUCCAAGAGAUAAACUUGCAAGCUAUUUGAUGUAUACUUCAACGAGUGACUGGUCUUUACAGAGCUUCCGUUCUGCAGUGGAUUAUGUUUAUAGCGAUAUUGAGCAAGGAAAGUCUCCAACAACCGCAUAUGUUCUGAGAGGAAAGCCUAUUGCUCAAAGACAGUUGGCACUUGGAGGAUAUAGAUUGGCAGAUCUCCUGAAAAGUCUUUAUGCUAAUCCAAAUAAUUCUUAA